CGGCCACUUAUGACGACAGCCGAGUGCCGGCCCAAGCUUCUGUGUGUCCAGACUCCAGACCGACGGCGCCGAUGACCAGGGCAUCGCCGUCCACGCAGCAGCCCUCCGCGCGGCGGCCGACCGUCGUGCUGCUGCUGUGGCUGGCCCUCGCCUUCUGCCUCGCCGUCCUUUUCAUCCAGUCCUCGUUCACCUCCCCGAGUGCGCCCCGCGCCCGAACCCUAGAUUCUCCGGACCAGCCCUCUGCUGAGGCGAGCAGGCUGGAUCUCGACUCCGACCAGGUCCGCGAGCUCUCGGGGUUCCAGUCCCGCGUCCAGCAAUGCGUGGCAAGCAGGGGACUUGGCCUCACAGCAGAUAUUGUUGAUCAUUGCAAGCUAGUCCUUAAGUUUCCUGAAGGAACCAACAGCACUUGGUAUAAUGCUCAGUUCAAGUUUUUUGAGAAACUAAAAUACGAAUAUGAUGUCUGUGAGACUAUCCUUUUGUGGGAACAGUACCGCAACAUGACGACUGUCUUGACAAGGGAGUAUUUAGAUGUGCGACCUGAUGGAUGGCUGGAUUAUGCACCUAAAAGAAUAGCACAGCUCAGUGGUGCCAAGAAAUGCUACAAUCGUACUCUGUGUGAAGAGCUUCUUAGCAUUUUGCUGCCUGCUAAACCCCCUUUCCAUCCACGCCAGUUUGCGACAUGCGCAGUUGUUGGCAACUCAGGAGAUCUCUUAAAAACAGAGUUUGGACAAGAGAUUGACGCUCAUGAUGCUGUCUUCCGAGACAAUGAGGCACCUGUCAAUAAGAAAUAUGCAAAAUAUGUUGGGCUGAAAAGGGACUUCCGCUUGGUUGUCAGGGGUGCUGCUCGAAAUAUGGCACCAAUACUGAAGGGUUCAUCUGAUGAGGCGCUUAUUAUAAAAAGUCUGACACAUAAAGAAAUAAAUGCAGUGAUAAAGGAACUUCCGAAUCCCGUUUACCUUUUUCAAGGCAUAGUCCUAAGAAGAGGUGCUAAAGGAACUGGUAUGAAGUCCGUAGAAUUGGCCCUUUCCAUGUGUGAUAUUGUUGACAUUUAUGGUUUUACGGUUGAUCCUGGCUACACAGAAUGGACGAGAUACUUCUCAGCCCCUAGGAAAGGACACAACCCAUUGCAAGGCCGAGCUUAUUACCAACUUCUGGAGUGCCUCGGAAUAAUUCGGAUUCAUUCCCCAAUGAGAGCACAACGGGUGGAAGAUUGGUCGGAUGUGCCAAGCAGAGAUGAGAUCAGAAGAGCGCAUGCUGCAGCUUUUCGUUUGAAAAGGCGUGAAACGGGUCAAGCAGAUGAACCGGGGCCAUUUAGCAAUUGCAAGGUAUGGGGAACAGUUGACCCAGACUAUGGGCCGGUAUCAGGAACUUCAGAUAUGAGCGAAACACGGAGGAAUUCAAACUACAGCAAGUGGGAGUUGCUCCCACUCGAGAGCCUGAGAAGCGAGGCUCAGGAACACCACGCCCAAAUGGGUGGCGUAUCUCUAUACAAGAUGGACGGAAACAAGUUAGAUGACCUUGUUUGUGUGAGGCACAACCGUUCAUCUGGCUAAGACAGUGACGCCAGAUUUUCCUCGAGAUAGCAGCAUGUUGACCCUAGGUAGGAUCAGUUUGACGAGGUUUGUUGCUUAGCCAGUUCUAGGACACUAGCUUAACCACCCAGGGAUUCUAUGGGACAUACAUAACAUCUGUGUGCUGAGGCAUGCUGUAUCCUAUGUUCACGCUGACAUGCUUGUGAUGCAUUUUUUGGUAUCUACUCCCACCGGUAGUAAAUCGGCGACACUUAUUUUGGGACGGAGGGAGUAGAUAAUACUGUAAUGAUCUGCUAUAUGACAAGCGUAUAAUCUGGUACAAAUGAAGUUUCCUGGGUGCUGCUUUCGCUUUCUGUGAGCAGUUUA